UUUAGUAAGGGCUGGAGUCCAGUGCAAGAGAAGAGAGGACGGACAGUUAUACUACAAGACAGCUUGAUUUUAAAGUCCAUGUCCCGCUCAAAUGUGAGUUUGGUGGCGGUGGGUGACGAUUCACCUGCCCUGCCUCCACCGUACACGCCAGUACCCCCAACCCCCAGGGAUCCCCUAGACUGCUGGGCCUGCGCCGUCCUCGUCACCGCUCACAACCUGCUGGUGGGAACCACCAACCUGCUGAUAUUCAUCCUGCUGUGUGGAGGUGCCCUCGCCCCGUCUGCCAUCAUGCUGCUCUACGGAUUCCUGUGCCAUCCACAGGUGGGUAUAGCUAACUAGAUAACUGACUGGCUGACCUACUAACUAACCCUGGGAUGGGGAGGCACAUUGUGUAAGAGAACGAUACGUUAAACAUGUACUAAGGAGGGUCUCUAAUCCCUCUAUAUAUGGAACCUAGGACCCGCACUGUAUGAUUUACUAAGAUAUGAUAAGUAGGACAGACCUCUCUCUAGGUCCUAUAGUAUUCUACACGGCCCAUGCAUUACAGUGAGAGAGACAUUGCACACAGAAGGACAAAAAUGCCAUAACUGCUCUCUGUAUGAUGCUAAUAUUGGCCCGGCUUCGUCAGCAUUGACUGGUAAAGAGUGGUUGAAGAGACCCACUGGAAGGAUUUAUUGAUAGACCCACAAGAGGGGAACCAUUCAUACUUUGAUUUGGAGAGAGCCAUUGAUAGACCUAUGAAGACAUACAUUGAGAGAGAGUCAUUAAUAAACCUUUUGUGAUUGAAUAUUUGAUAGAUCUAUUUUGAAGGAGCUGUUGAUUGACCCAUUGAUAGAUCCAUUUAGGGAGAGCCGUAGGGAGAGAUCCAUUGAAGGGAGAGCCGUAGAGAGAAAUGCACUGGCAGGGAACCAUUAAUAAGCAUUUUGUGAGAGAAUGAUUGAUAGAGGCGUUUUGAGGGAGUCGAUCGACCCAUUGGGAAGGAGACAUAGAUUGCCACAUUGGAAGGGGACUAUAGUUAGGUCCAAUGUUGUGUGAUUAAUUCAUAGAUGGAGUAAAUUAUGAUAAUUCCGUAGAAAAUUUUGUUUGUGUAAUAAUAUUAAUAGUAAUAAAGCAUGUGAUCUGUACACAAUGGCAAAUUGUAAUAACAAUGUACCAUGUAUCUCCCCUGUCUUCCAGUUCUGUGUUCGGGGGUAAGUGAGAUCUAUCCAUUAAAUGGAACAUUGUCUCUGCGUUUGGCUUAUAGCCAUGUCCCUGUAUGUGUCAGGUCAGAACCUUUCCAUCCUUAGAGUUCUAUAGCACAGAAACACAACCAACUAUGGCCCAGAAUCUGGAAUCGGUGUCAGGAAUCUCCUGAGUGAUCCCUCUGGACCUAGCUAUGGUUUACGAAUGAUGGAUUUACCAUAAUGUGUACGAGGUUCUGUGUCUCUGUGCAUCUGGAACACUGCUGUGCUACGGGAACUCCCAGGAAUCUCAGCCAAUCUCCCAAUCCCACAUAGGGUGUUCUUAUACACAGCAUUAUUAUUACUGUUAUUGCCAUUCAUAUAGUGCCAACCUAUUCCAUAGCGUUAUCCAAUAUUGUAAAAGUGGGGACAUUUAAUAAUAAAUGAGACCUUUACAAAAUGUUACAAGAACAAUAGGUUGAUGAGGACCCUGUUCGAAAGAUCUUACAGUCUAGAGCAGCUGGUGUAUAAAAACACAGUAGGAUGGUACGUAACAUACACAUAUCGCCAUUCCUUAUUAAUGUAUACAAUCAGCUGGAUCUCCUUCUCACAUUCCUGAGCUAUACAUCACCCUCAGCGUUCCCGGUGUGGAGCCAGGGGAUGGGUGCGGGCAUGGAGGGGGAGCUCACUGACGCAGGAAUUGUUGACAUCACAGAGCAUUAUUGAUUACAAUGUAACCCUAAAUUGUGCACCGUGUUCUGUGUUCAAACGGUGAAUGAUUGUCAAUACGUACGCCACAGAGCCUGAUGUACGAUGCCCGCCAGGAAUGCUCUCUAGUGGGUGUAUAGAUCCUACCGGGAUAUUUUAUUAUUGUUGGUUUAUUAAUAAAGUGUCAGAACAUUCCACUGGGCUAUACGCAUCCUGCGGGUAUAUCUUAUAAACAGUAUACAUGUCCUUUAACAGGUGUCCAGAUCUGGCAGUAUGUACAUUAUUAUUAUUUAUAGAGCAGUGCAGUUCACAAUUAUAGAAUUGGGAUAUCUGACACCAAUAACUGACAUACAGAAUACUGACAGGUACCCGAAAUGGAGAAAGCCUUGCUCAAACAGCUUACAAUCUAUGAAAAUGGAUCGAUCAGUGGAUAUACACCCCCUGUAGUGUCUAUACAUAUUCGGCAGUCGGUAAUAUAUAAAUUCAGCAGUCCUGCAUAGGUUUGAUAUAUAUUACAAGAAUAUAUGAUUGAUAUUGUGGGUAUAUCAUUCUGAAAGUUAAUAUAUGAGUGAUGUAGAGGGAAUUUGAAUGUUGUAGUAAAUACAGGAUUGCUAUAGCAGUGUAUGUGUGCUGAAGUAUAUAUAGUGAUGGGGAAAGUAUUUGAUGCAACGCUUGUCCACUGACAAAGAAAUGAUCAGUCUAGAAUUUUUAAAAAAAAUUGAAAUCUUUAUUUUUGCAAUGGCAGAUCGUAUGGUAAAGUAACAUCGUUAGGCUUGUGCAAAAGCCAUAUGAUAGCACAUAUGUCAAUUAUGCGUUACAGAAAGGAAAAGAAAGUCAAGAGUUAUUUUGUCGAGGGUUUUCUUCCGGUUGUGUUGGUUGCCCUGUGCCAGAGUUUCGUUUUUUAUAAUUAAAGAAUAAAAACAGAAAACAAAUAACCUUAGGAGAUGUUGUGUUUAACGUAAUUUUAAUGGUUGGUGUAUUUUAACAGUGAGAGACAGAAUAACAACAACAACAACAACAAAAAAAUCCAGAAAAACACAUUUCAAAAAAGUUAUACAUUGAUUUACAUGUCAAUGAGUGAAAUAAGUAUUUGACCCCUUCGACUUAGUACUUGGUGGUAAAAUGCUUGUUGGCAACCACAGAGGUCAGACGUUUCUUGUAGUUGGCCACCAGGUUUGCACACGUCUCAGGAUCAAAUACAAAUUUCACCCUCGCUGUGUGCAUAUAUAUAGUAAAUAUAUGGAUAUUAUAGUGGCUGUGUGUGCAAUAUGGAGAGAGUUCUUUUUGCAACAACAACAAAAAUGAAAUUAAAGAAACAUUCUAAAAGUGGAGCAAUCUGCUUGAACAUUCCAAUGGUGUCCACGGACAUUGCUCCACUUUCAGAACUUUGCAGAAUUCCUCUUUAAACAAAUGGACCAACACGUUUGUUCUGGACAGGAGCCUCUACUGGCAAAUAUUGGGAAAUAUAGCGAAAUUAUUGGGCAAACUUAACAGCGGCAAUGGGCCCACGCUGAAAACUGUAGGGGGACAUUAUCAAUUAAGAGCAUUGACAUAAAGAUUUUCUAUUUCUUCCAGUUUCGUCGUCCCAAGGAGACACUUUGCUCCACGCUGCUCACGCCGGCGGCUUGCACUACCUUGCUCGUCUUUGGAGUCAUUCUCUUCAUUCCAUUCCUGAUUCUUGGGCUUGCUGCAUACGCCCGCCUGGCUCAGGCUCUUCAUCUGGGUUCCUGCUUCCUGCCGUAUAGCCGCGCAAUGUAUCAGAGCCAACCAGAACGCAAAAACAGAGCCAAGGAACAGCACAAAGAGGGCAAGGCCUGGGUGUGAUAAGGUCUGACUCAGCGCAAGGUUUUAAUACUCAACGACUUCCACAAUGACUGAAAAUUGUAAUAACAUGCCCACCUCUACCACAACACUGAUCUUAAAAUCUGUCAUUUAAAUAUCCCUCAAGCAGUGGUUCUCAACCUAGUUUUCAAGGCUCACCAACGAUCCAGGUUUUGUCACUUUCACAAAAGGAGCAGAACGGUGAAAUGCCUAAAUCCUAGACUGUUGAUGUGCUUUGGUAAUCGAGAUGGGAACCACUGCCUUGUUGUGAGCAUACAUAACCUCAUCUUAUGAGAUAACUCCUUCCUACUGUGAGAUUUCAUUGUGGAACCUGCGAUAUCUAACAAAUCACUAGAGGGUAGCACACCUAAUGUAAAAAGACAAACACACUGACCAAACCAACAGACAAAAGAACUCUCAACAUUUGCUGUUUGGGCAAACUAGACUUAUCACAUUCCCAAGUGCUAGAAUGAAGAUACCCAACAACCUGCACCCUCACUUAUUUGAAAUGUAAGACGUUCUGGGUGCACAGCUGGUAAUGUGGAUUCAUUCAUUUAAUGGGACAAUUUGUGAUCAUAUAUUCUGUCUCUCGCACCUGAGCUAAUCUCUGCAAAUCACAAAAACAUCCUCCGCAUUUUAUUUUUGUAUGAAAUAAAAUUCAUUAUUAUAUAAACCUUUGAGUAAUAACAUAUGUAAAGCUUGGAAUUCACUGGGGAUAUUGAACGCAAUUAUUUAUUUACUAAAUACUGAAUUGUGUUGAAUUGCUAUCUGAAUAUGGCCACAUCUCGGCGAUUUGGCCUGACUUUGGCAAUCAGUGUUCCAGAACACUACAAUGCUGCGUUUAGUGAACAAAUCUCACAAUAUAAUUGUAAUCUAAUGAAAGCAUUAUUGCAUUCUAAAUGCUGCAUUUUGUUUUCACUUAACUGGAAAUUUG